CCAUACAGACAGCCAUGGCAGGCGCCUCCAACUUCUCAUCUCCGGCCACCGCAAUGCUGGCGAUGACGGUGAUGGUGGUGGUGGUGCUAGCCGCUGUGCCGGGGGCCAAGGCACCAGCGGCAUGUAUGCCAGUGUACACGCGAUUAAUCCCUUGCUUGGAGUACGUGACGAGCGGAGGCCUUGUGCUUCCGUCCCCUAGUUGUUGUAGAGGUGUGAGGGCCGUGGCCAUGGCUCGUGGAUACGCACGCGUGCUAGCCUGCCGUUGCAUCGAGGAAGUUGUAGCCCUCUACUCCGGCAGCGUCGACUACUCUACCGUCACCUCGUUGCCUGCAUCAUGUGGAGUCCACAUGCCUUUCGCCAUCUCUCCCUCCAUUGAUUGCUCCAAGGUAUAAUGGAUUAAUGCGUUACUGAGAAGGAGCUAGCCGCACGUAAUUCAUAUGUAACACUGUUCGGGAAUUCAGUUUUGUUCUGUCGAGGGAUUUUAUGGACUUCUAUGAGAG